AUGGAGAAUCCAGUGAUGAUUGAACGAGAAGAUUUGAAUCAGCUUCUCUCAAAAAGUCAGCUUACCACAUCUUCCCGUGAGUGUGUUCGUUUCUUCUCACCGCCGGAGGCUUGUCCGUUCUGUUCGCUCAGUUGCUCGUCCAUCUUUGUACAGCUGAAAGCAGAUCGGAGCUCUUCACUUUCCCUUCUUCAGCGUCGGUCGCGUGCUGAUUUAUCGUGGUGGCCACUUCAAUUUCGUUGGAGUCGUAGGCAAUCACAAAAGACUAGUUUGUGCAGUGUAUAUGUGAUGAGACACAUGCUCAACAUCAUCACAUUAAGAAUAAUUGAAUUUACUAAUGAGAUGUUGACAUUGCGGAUCCAUUCUUUGAGGAAGAGGUUGACGACAUCCUCACACGUUGGGCACAAUAUUUUAUCGAUGGGAUGUACCCUUGGAUUUGGAACAUGAAGACUAUUAGAUUGGAAUACUAGAUGAGUCAAGAGGCUAAAUACUUGAGUUUUGGGAUGAAAGUACAAGCUUUGCAUGGUCUUGCACAUAUUGUACCACACUUUGAUUCCACUCUCUCUCUCUCUCUUAAUUUUCCAUUACCUUUAUCUUUAUUUAAUUCAAUUUUCAGACCAUUU